UUAGGUUCAGUACACCCUGAUGCAAAUUGAUUGCUUUUAUGGUUGCGUAAGGUUCCUGGAGAAUGAUUGAUGUCGUUGAAUUGGCCUCGUGGGCUUUAAGAGGCUUCUAACGCAGCAGCUCAAGACUAAGAGCCUCAAGUCGCACCUGCGCCUUUCUCGUCUCUUUCUCACCCCCUAACACAACCCGCCUCUUGCAUUGACCUAUUCUGAAUUAUUCUAACGAGAUUUGAGAUGACGAACGCUGAAACUCCAUCGUCCUCGUCGAAGUCACAUCCAGAUGAUGCCAGGGAUCGCGAUCUCAGCCGGAUCGUGCGAAACGUGUUAGAACGAAACAGGCAGCAUGUAUCGAGCUUUGCAGGGCGUAGUCAGUACAGUCUCAAUGGAGGCGGAACUUCUGCUUGUGGGCUCGCUGCUCUCAAUUGCGCCAGAGUCAUUUUGGCCAAAGAGAUGGGUGGGCUAAAAGGCGCGGAGUUGUUGCGGUAUAUGAUGCGAAGAGAGACACUCGAGGACGUUUUGGGGAUAUGUCAACAUUGGUCUAGUAAUGCUCAUCUGGACGUUGACGAUAUACUUAAAGCCCCUCUUUUCGACCAUGGUCUUGACCUUCUCUGGUCUGACUAUGAGAUGCCAGGGAAGAAGGAGUUCCAAGGUCUACUCCAACGCCUACACAUGAGGGUGGCUGGUUCAGCUGCCAUCGUUAUAACACGACCACCAGAGAUCAUCUGCGUUCUCAAGAUCGCGGUCGACAACAAAGAUGUCUUUGUAACCUUCGAUUCGCAUCCGAGGGACACCCACCCGGAUGGUGCAGCAUUCAUCUUCCAUCAAUCCCUAGACCAUGCGGCGACCUACCUGGGCUCCUUACUCCGCUACGAUCCCCAUCUUCUCGCAGAUAGCAAUAUGCAGUGGCAAGCGCAGCUGCUUGCCAACUAUUCUGGACAUGUCUUUGUGUCGAAACGCACAUUGGUGGAGCCAACAGAUUUAAUGCAUGCAGUCGUUGACUCGAGUCUCGAAGUCUUGGUUCUGAAGGCGGAGGUUGCAGAGCUGAAGCAACAGAAUGAGUCACUUCGAGCGGAUAACCGACGUCUUGAGAAUAAGGCUGCAGAUCUCGAGCUUCAGACCGGCCAUUUGCUGGACUCGUUGCGAUCUGCACGCAAGUCGUCCCAGCCUUUGAGUUCGGUCACACCUACACAUGUUCAUUCUGAACCCUGGCGGACGAAUCCAUGGAACGCUUCAGCUAGUUUGGCCUCUACUUCUGCACGAGCGCUUCGUGAUUCACAUUCCAGUUCAUCAGUCAAGCUGUCGUCAUCGUCAUCAGGCUCCUCUCAGAGUACAAGCAAGAGUAAAGGCAAGUUGGUGAUGAAAACUACCGAGGAACGAGAUGAUGACGACGUCGCGUUUGCGACUCGUAUUCAGUUAGAGUGGAUGGAGGAAGAUACAGAUAAAGAGACCUCUACUCCGCCACCCGCUAAGAAGCAGCAUACAGAUUCACCUCCACGCUCAAGUAAAAGUACGGGAAAGGGGAAGGGGAAGUACGUUAUGCGAGCUGAAGAUGAACUAGACGAUAACGACGAAGCGUAUGCCACUCGUCUACAGAUUCAGUGGAUGCAAGACCCCACAGAAGACCCGUCCAUCAAGCUGGCAAUCCAAAAACAGAGCGAGUUCGAGGAAGAGGAUAGGAGACUUCGUGCUCAAAUGAAGGCACUUCAGGAAGCUGUACCUCAACCCGCGGUAUUCAAAUGUGGGAUAUGCCUGGAAGAGGAAUCCGAGUAUAUGAUUGCUCGCAUCGAGCCUUGUGGUCAUGCCUUCUGUAGAGACUGUGUGAGGAGCUAUCUGCAAUCGAAACUGGGGGAACAUCGAUUCCCAAUCUUAUGUCCUUCGUGUACUGCCGAUAAGAAGACCUCCGAUCCUGGCACAUUGAACUCAAUGUUAGCUCAACAGAUCGGGCUCUCGGAGGAUGAAUUCGCACUAUUCACUGAACUUGAGAUGGCCUCGUUUUCAAUUCUACUGCACUGUAGAAAAUGCAAGAAUGCUGUCUUCGUUGAUAAAUGUGAAUAUGACGAAGAGAAAAUCAUCGUUUGCCCUUUACCAGGUUGCACCCAUGCGUGGUGUAAGAAUUGCAGCGUCACCAUUGAAAGUGGAAACCCCCCUCAUUCAUGCGAUGGCACAAAUGAGCUGAACCAUCUUAUGACGGAAAGGGGAUGGAAAUAUUGUCCCGGUUGUCGUACCCCCGCAGAGAAAGUCGAUGGCUGCAACCAUAUGACGUGCAUCUCUCCAGGAUGCAAUGCACACUUCUGCUACCUUUGCGGACAGAUCAUCGUUCAAUCCGUUCUACCAAACGAAAUUCAACGGGCAUUAUCCGAUCACUAUGCUCGAUGUCGUAUGAUUGAUGACAUCGUGGGCGUACGAGAGGGCGGUCCUCCUCGUCGCGUAAACCGUGUGCGUUGGCUACGCGGCGCGGGUGUUAUUCACUGAACCUCUCGGGUCUUUUUCUUGACUGCCUUUUACUACUCAUACGUCUCCAAUGAUGUAUCGAUAUGAUUCACUUCACCUCAGAUGUAUUCUAGAUGCCAAAUCCAGUACACAGCCACAAUACACAGAAUCAUAUACACCAACAAAUCGUCCCUGGU